AUGACGCCACACCCCCAGCAAUCCGCCCACGCCUCCUCCCUCGCCAAUCCCGAGUCGUUCUGGGCCGAACCCGCCCAGCGACUCCACUGGCACAAAGAGCCCUCUCGCACGCUAUCCCGACACACAAAGACCCUCCCCAGCGGCGUCAGCCACGAACAUUGGUCAUGGUUCCCCGGUGGAGAGAUCUCCACGUCGUAUAACUGCGUUGAUCGGCAUGUGCUGGCGGGGAGGGGCGAUGAUGUGGCGAUCAUAUGGGAGUCGCCGGUCACGGGAACGGUGGAGAGGUAUACGUAUGGGAGGUUGUUAGAUGAGGUCGAGGUUUUGGCGGGGGUUUUGAGGGAGGAGGGGGUGAAGAAGGGGGAUGUUGUGAUUAUCUACAUGCCAAUGAUCCCCGCCGCCCUCAUCGCCGCACUAGCCAUUACCCGCCUCGGUGCCAUCCACGCCGCCGUCUUCGGCGGCUUCGCAGCCCAAUCAUUGGCGCAGCGGAUUGAAGCCGCCCGUCCCCGGGCCAUCAUGACAGCCUCGUGCGGGAUGGAGGGGUCCAAGGGCCCAAUCGAUUACCGGCCGCUAGUCGAGGGCGCAGUGCGGCUGAGUAACUUUAAGCCGGACAAGGUCAUUGUCUGGCAGAGGGAUCAAUCGCGUUGGAACAACCCGGAUAAACUGGGCGGACAGCGUAAUUGGCAGCGGUUGGUGAAGAGUGCGCGUAUGCGGGGGGUACGGGCGGGGCCUGUACCGGUGAAGAGUACGGAUGGUCUGUAUAUUAUCUAUACUAGUGGAACAACCGGACUGCCGAAAGGCGUCCUUCGCGAGGCGGGCGGCCACGCUGUUGGGCUGGAUCUCUCGAUCCGGAUGCUUUUCAAUAUUAACGGGCCCGGUGACGUGAUGUUCUGCGCCUCAGAUAUCGGCUGGGUCGUCGGCCACUCGUACAUCCUGUAUGCGCCGUUACUUGUCGGCGCAACAACGGUCCUCUUCGAGGGUAAACCCGUCGGCACCCCUGACGCAGGCACAUUCUGGCGCAUCGUGGAAAAGCACAACGUCAACACGCUGUUCACGGCGCCAACUGCCAUGCGUGCCAUCCGAAAGGACGAUCCCGGUGACAAACUCUUCGAAGAAGUCGGUACUCGCGGAGGCCUGAAGAGUCUCCGUGCCCUCUUCCUAGCCGGCGAACGUAGCGAACCGAGUAUCGUACGCGCAUACCAAGAUCUACUAACCAAACACGCCGCCCCCAACGCAAAGGUAAUCGAUAACUGGUGGUCCUCCGAAUCCGGAUCACCCAUAACAGGUUUAGCCCUAAACACCACCCCCAAUGCUACACCCCUCCCCAUCCGCCCAGGCUCCGCCGGUCUCCCCAUGCCAGGCUUCGACGUCCGCAUCGUCGACGACGCCGGCACCGAAGUACCCGCAGGCACGAUGGGAAACAUCGUCCUGGCCGCACCAUUAGCACCAACGGCCUUUACAAGUCUCUUCGAAGACGACGAGCGGUUCUACCGCGGGUACUUGAAACGGUUUGACGGAAAAUGGAUUGACACGGGCGACGCGGGAUUAAUCGAUGCAGAUGGAUACGUCCAUAUCAUGUCCCGAAGCGAUGAUAUAAUCAACGUUGCUGCGCAUCGCUUCAGCACGGGGGCCAUCGAACAAGCCAUCCUCUCCCAUCCGGCGAUUAGCGAGGCCAGCGUCGUGGGGAUCCCGGAUGCACUGAAGGGCCAUCUUCCAUUUGCAUUCGUACACCUCCGCACCGGACCUUCAUCUGGAUCUGGAGGAGUCGAUGACUCGGUAGCCCUGCCGGCUACCAUCCCCGAACACCUAUUCAAAGAAAUCAACGCACUAGUCCGCGACCAAAUCGGCGCGAUUGCCUCGUUAGGUGGAAUAAUCCAGGGACGGGGCAUGAUUCCCAAGACGAGGAGUGGGAAGACGCUGAGACGGGUCUUGAGGGCGUUGGUGGAGAAUGGCGUUGAAGGGAAGUAUGAGGAGAGUGUUAGCGUUCCGCCUACCGUGGAGGAUUUGGGGGUUGUGGACGUUGCGCGGGAGAGGGUUAGGGAGUACUUUUCGGAGAGGAUGAAGAGGGAGGCUGAGAAAGAGAGGGGGGUUAAGGCCAAGCUUUAA